AUGGUCCCCGUGCAAAUCCAGGUGUGCGUUGGCACCCCAGCCGUGUGCACGGCAGUCCGUGGCGGGCGCCACAUGCCUCGGGCUGAGCUUCUGGACAAGCUCAUCAAGUCCCGGCUGGCCAACCCUGGUGCGCCCGGGCCGAGGGAAAGUAAAGGGGUUCCUGGACUGCCCAGCUGGAAAGUGCGGCCUGGACACAGUGCCAGCCCCCCAUCUCCUUCCUCCCACCUUCCAUGCCUUUUCAACCUGCGCCAGAUCGUCCUGGGCAAGUUGGACCAGGCCCUGCACACACAGACGCCCUCAUACCCGGCCCAGGAGAAUGCCCGCCUCUGCCAGGAGAUCCUCCGGGUCCCAGACACGCCAGGGACCCACCUGCCUGCGACCUUCGGCCGCCUGGCAGGAAGCUACGACUCCCAGUCCUAUGGUUACCUGUGCAGUGAGGUGUACUCCGCGGACACAUUCCACACACUUUUCAAGCAGGAGGACGUCCUGAGUGGCAAAGUUGCCAUGGACUACAGAAGCUGCAUUCUGAGGCUAGGGGGCUCCAAGGAUGCCAAGGGCAUGGUGAAGCUCUUCCUGACUUGUGACCCCACACAGGACGCCUUCCUCCUGAGCAAAGGGCUGCAGGUUGAGGGCUGCAAGCCGCUGGCCUGCUGA